CCUAGUCAAGCACUACAUCAAUUCAUUUACAACACCUUCAAAAUGUACACUUCAACCAUCGCCCUCGCUAUUGCUCCCCUUCUCCUCCUCGCCCGCGCAGAUGUCAGUCUUGAUCGCGACGACAUCCCCCGCGCUUGCGACACCAUCUGCAACCCCAUCGUCGACCUGACCCGGGCUUGUGACACCGACCUCCGAGGAGACCGUGACCGCGAAGAGGAUCGUCUCGAGGCUCAAUGUGUCUGCACCAAUGAUUCCUUCAACGUCGCUCGCGUCGCUGCUCUUUGCGCCGACUGUAUUCAUCAGAAUGCGCCUCGCGACAACGACGAUGAUGACGAUGAUGAUGAUGACCGUCGCGAUGACACCAAGGACAUUGAUGAUAUCCUCUACACUUGCGGCUUCUCUUCUACUACUUACGUCGCUUCUGCCGCUUCAGCUGCUGUCUCUGGCGUUAGUGUCGAUGCCAGCCGUCCUACCGACGCUUCUCAAUUGACCACCACCAUCAUUGCUGGUGCUACAGGAACCCGAGGCAGCAGUGACCCUUCCAACACUGGUAGCAGCGGUGGUAGCGGAAACAGCAACAACAACAACAACAACAACGAUGCCUCUGCCACCAACAGCGCUGCUAGCCCUGAUGAGACCAACGCUGCUGCUGCCAUGGCUCCUGUUGCGUUCGUCGGUGCUGCUGUUGGCGCUGCCAUGCUCCUUGUCUAAGGGUUUUGCUGGGAUGAAUCGGAGAUGGAGAAUUGAGUGAGACGCAAGGUUACUUUGUGACACAAAACCUGCAUGGAGGUUUCUGCUUAGAGAUUUAUGCUUAAUGAGCCACGACACUAUCUAUUCAAUAUAUAACUACCCAACAAUCU